AUGCUGAAGAUCUUUAUCCUUUUCACUUUACUUUACAUCAUCAGUACUAAUGGUAAGAAAAAGUCCAAUUCUAUGACGUUUCUAAAUAUGUUUUACUAAUUUAUGUCUAAUUCUUGUCUUUUUCAUAUACAAAAUCUGCACAGUAAUUUUUAGGGAGUUGAUAUAAUUCCAAAAAUGGAGUAAAAAUUUUAGGUACAGGAAAACCCCUUUUUGGGGGUUACUUUAACUCCUAAUUUAACUCCAAAUUUGGGGUAAUUUUUACUUCUCAAAGAGAGUUCUUUUUACUCCCAGUCUGGAGUUAAAAUAACUCCAUAAAUGGUGUUAUUUUUACUCGUUACAUGGGUUGUUUUUACUUUUUUUGGAAUUACUUUAACUCUGAAAGUGGGGUAAAAAUUUUAGGUACAGGAUAACUCCUCUUUUGGGGUUAUUUUAACUCCUCGAUAUCUAGGGUCAUUUUUACCCCUGAAAAAGAGUUCUUUAAACUCCUUGGAGUUACAAUGACUCCCAAAAAAUAACUCCACUGUAAGGAGUUAAAUUAACCCCACUAGAUGAGUUAUUAUAACUCCUUAAAAAUUACUGUGUGAUAAGCGACAUUUUUGCGCAUGUAGUAUAGUAGGAAACUGUUAGAUCCCUUUUUUACGCAAGAUUCUCAUCAACUUGCACACGACUAUAUUAACGCCGAUGACGUCACGGCCCUUUGUAUGACAAUAGAUUGUCUGCGAUGGACAAUGGAAUCGGCAAGACAUAGAACUUGCAUGAUUAUGUUACGGCUCAUUGAAUUUUAAGUCACAGUUGAGUUAGCGGUUAUUCCUUCUACAAUCAACAAAUAAAUACUUUUGUAAGUUUUUAGUCUAAGAAUGGAAUAGACCUAUAUAUAACUUAUGUAAAUGAGAUUCCACCGCAUUGUAUUCUCGGGAUAAAGACUAUUUUUUAAGGGGCCGUGACGCUACAGGCGUUAACCCUUUCACUGCCAGGAUAAAAGAAGGAGUCUCGUAAACUGGUUUUAACUUUCGAAUCUGUGGACGAAAUCCUGCGGUGUGACCAUUCAAAUGAAACCUCUCUGUCAGUACUUUCACAUUGUAUUAUUAAUCUGAUUUUACAGCAUUUUACCAAAAUACAAUUGGAGAUUUUGUUGAAAUUUGACUUUGGCCACUUUUGGCAGUGAAAGGGUUAAUUAUUCUUGAGCAAGUUAGUAAGAUUCCUGCCCAAAAUAUGGGGUUCAACUGGUCCUUUCUAUACUACUCACAUUAUCUUGCACAAGUUCUAAAUAGGGAAUACGACAAUUAAUCUUAAUUUCUGUUCUAUUUCAGCUGAUUCAACCCCUUGUAACAAAGACAUUGGAAUCCUUAUCGACACGUCACUAAGUAUUCCUCAAAGGAAACUUGAGGUUUUUUUGGAAACGUUUUUAAAGCCAUUCUAUGCCAAAUUCGAAAUAUCAGCGCAAAAAACCCAGUUUGGUUUGAUAACCUUUGACAAAUACAGUCGUUUGAGGUUCACGUUGGCAGAAAACGUCAGUACUAUUGAACCAGUUAGACAGUUCAUAACAAGAAUCGACCUAGCCCUGCUACAAGCCAAAAACGAGCUGUUUACUUUAAGUGCAGGAGACAGAGAAGAUAAGCAAAAUGUGUUACUCGUGUUCACGGAUGGGAGGCCUUUUCCACCAGAAACGUUCCUUCUUUUCAACAAAUCUUUACCUUUUUUAAGGGUAAGAGAUGUGAUUUUUCUUCUCGAAAGAAACCAACCAACCAACCAACCAACUAACCAGCCGCAUUACGUCAACAAACUAAUCUAAAAACAUAUAAAUAGGCCACUUGCACUAAGAGGUCACGUGACCAAUGCUUCCUUUAAACAAUGAGUUGGAAUCUUACAGAUGCCAAAAAUUGACAGAGCAUAUAAAAUGUAUCUUACACCCGAAGUUUGAGAGGAAACGCACUUUAGGGAGAUAUUUUAUGACACUUUGAUUUUUCAGCAAAGUAUUAUGAUUUGUAUUGGCUGCCAUGUUGGAGGGCAUACUCUUGCCCUCCAACAUGGCGGCCAAAACCACUUUUUGCUUAUAUCCUGUUAAACGUUUGAUAGUUACGCUCAGAUGUGUUGUAAACGUUGCCACAUCAUUUUCCUUGAAGUUUAAGUGCAAAAUUUGUGUUCAGAAAGAGGCAAUUCAUAAUUUUACAAUUUUGGCUAAGUGACCGGCUACGAACUUACUCAUUUUAAGAAAAUGGUGCAGGUUUGAAAAACCAAAUCACUAUUAUUUUGUUUAAGAUAUGACCCAUUAAUCGUUUUACGAAAGCAAAAUUAUGUAACUUCCAUUGUCAUAAAGACAAUGUCACAUGACCUCUUAUGGCAAAUGGCCUAUUACAAUGUCUCUAUUUAAAAAAGUUUUUAGAUUUGUUAGAGGACCUAAAAUGGCUAGACGCUUUUUAUGACUGUCAAAAAGUGCCAAAGUGCCAAAGUGCGUGCAUGUAUAAGGUUUAUCUCAAAAAUUUCUCCUGGCAACCCUUUGUAUGCGCUUAUUUUAAGUAGGUCCCAGCCUAGGGAAUCCCAAUACGAUCUUAGAAGGAAUACCAACGUUGUAUCCAAACAAACCAACACCGACCGUUUUGCACAGUUUGUAACGUGCAAAUAUGCCACCUAUUUAGAUUCCUAAGCGCUUUACAUACUUAUUUUGUAUUAUUUAUUACCUUAGAUUCCCGUUAUUUCUGACCCUACCUGUAAUUCAGUUCUCACUGCAAAAGGUAGCAAUAAACCAAUUUAUUUUUUAUUUAUUUAUUUAUAAAAAAAAACUUCUGGUUUAGCGAAGCAUGUGAAAUUUGUCAUCAGAAGGUAUACCAAAGGGAUAACUGUUCUGUUAAAAGGGAUACACCCAAUUGCAAAAACGUUGUCAUAGAAAAAUGAAAAAAGGAAAAAGCUAAAAAGGAAUUAAUUCAGCUAAUUUAGCCACGUUCUCAUGGUGGAUUCAUUUGCAGCCGUUACAUUUCUCCGCUAGAUUUUCAGCUUUAAAACAAUAGCAAAUUCCAACAGGCAAAAACGACGUCCAGGUGCAGAUGUUGCAAAUGAAUUCAUUAGGCUUAUCAGCCUAUUUUAUUCCUAUUUGGCUUUUUUUUUCAUUUUUCUAAGACAACGUUAUUGCAAUUAGGUGUAUGUCAAAAGAAAAGGGGUAGACUUUAGGGCGUAGCCUGCAAGUAUCAAACUAUGUUUAGUGCCUCCCCCCGCCCAGGUGAGAAUCAUACCUCCUUUCCGUGAUUAUGUAGAGCGAAUAGUUAAAAUUGAAGGCACCACUUCUAAUUACCAGUUUUUUUUUCGCAGGCGCAAAACGUUAGUAUAUUUGCUGUCGGUUACGGAAUAGAAGCUCAGAUUAAUACAACAGUGCUUAGGGAAAUAGGAGGAGACAAUGUAUUGAUCAUGUAUGAAGACAAAACCUUAGGAUAUACACCCUUUGUCGAUCCAAUAAAGAAAAUGGUUUGCAGUAAGUCAAUAUUUCCUCAAGUCAGUUGCCUUCCUUAUAAUUGAUUUCACUUCUAGUUCAUGGUUAUGAUUGUUAUAGUUAUAACUAUGAUUAUGAUUAAGAUUAUUAUUUUAUCACCAUCAUCGUUAACAUCAUCAUCAUCAUCAUCACUGUAUCAUUAUACUAUAUCGUCAUCGUUACUACUGCAAUUAGAAAAUAGAGUCUUGCAUGCCUUUGUUAUUAACUUUGUCGGUGUGAUUUUCAAGUUAUCUCUGGCAGGCGGGGUUAGGAGAAGCUUUGAGUUCAGAAUCAGCUUGAGGCGUCUAUUCUUAUUAUUACUAUUUCUGUUAGUAUUAUUAUUAUUAUUAUUAUUAUUAUUAUUAUUAUUAUUAUUAUUAUUAUUAUUAUUAUUAUUAUUAUUAUUAUUUUAUUUCUUACUACAGGCGACCUGACAUCGACCCAUGGUAAUCCACAGUGGUCCGAAUGGAGUCAGUGUAGUGUUACUUGUGGCUCUGGAACACAGUCACGCAAUAGACCCUGCAUAA